UCUCAUAUUUGACGUUUGUGAUUUUUAUUUUAUUUCUGUGUUCUGUGAUUUUACGGAUUUUCUAAUUCACCGUAGUAAAUAAAUAUAAAUAUCUUUUAGCAUUAGAAAAGGUGUUUAUAAUGGCAGACUCUACUGUUAUAAACGUAAUCGACGUCAGUAAAAUGAAAGUACCCGACAUACGAAAAGAACUGAGAUCACGUGGACUACCAUACACCGGUGAUAAAGCGGACAUCGUUAGCAGAUUGCAAGCGGCAAUGUCUCAGGAAGAACACGAAGAACACGGAGACCUAGAUUCAGAUGAAUUGGAUUCAGACGGAGUGUUGGAAGACGACGAUAAAAGUCAAAACGAUAUUUUGGACGAUGCAGCUGUAGAUACUCUAAACGAGGAGUUGGCACUCGAAGAGGGCUCUCCCCAAAAGCAGCCUCUUGAUGACAAACCUCAGAGAACUCUAAAGAGGAAAAUCACGACCGAAACAAAAGUCCCAGAAAACAAGGAGGCGGGUACAAAGAAAAUUGUUUUAAACAGGACAACUUCUGUAACAUCUAAUUUGGUUAAAUCUGAAGCAAAAAAGGAGAUUACACCACCAGAGGCAGAUGAAAUUGUUAAAACUUCAAAUAACAAAAUCAAAAUAACUGCCGAUAUUGAUCCUAAGACAAGGUUAGAGAUGCGUGCUAAGAGAUUUGGUUUGCCAGUGAAAUUGACUGAUGAGCAAAGGAAGGAAGCAAGAAAACAAAGAUUUAACCAACGGACAACCACUGGCACCAAUACACUUGAUAACACAAACACUGGUAAUGUGUCUGAUAAUUUGGAUAAAUUCAAGAAGAGAGCCGAGAGAUUUGGCCAGUCAGUGUCCGCUAUUAUGACCGACAUAGAAAAUAAAGAGAAAUUAGAAAAGCGUAAAGCUAAGUUUGCAUCUCUUAAAUAGCAUCUACAUUACCAAACUUUUGAUUGAUGGUGCAUAUUGCACAGCUUUACUUGUAUGACUUAAUUUCAAAUUCAUUAUUGCUAGAAAAUUUGUGACUAACUAAAUAUAAUAUUUUCUUUUUAUUUUAAGAUAGGAAAUAAGAACAAAUAAAAGAGUAAAUUGCUA